AGUGCAAAGAUUCAACAGUCCGGAUAAGACUUUGCCACUGGAGUGGAGACGCACAACGAUUAGUCGGUUUUUAACAAUGUGUCCAACGAGUCUAAAACGGAGAGUGUUUUAAGUUUGUUCUGUAAUAGAGGAAGCGCAUACCUUAUUCAAAAAACAGUCGAAGUAGCUUCCAUUUUUCAGCGUUUUUGUGUGCAGCCUGCCAAUAAAACCACAGAGUUCACUCCGCGAGCGGUUUGUGCUUUUGGACGUUUUACUUGUACUACUCUCACCAUGGAGUACACCUCUUCCCCGAAGCCACAGCUCUCCUCCAGGGCAAACGCGUUCUCGAUAGCCGCUAUCAUGUCAAGUGGAAAAACGAAGGACAAGGAAACGGAUGAAAACACCAUCAAGCCACUUGAACAAUUCGUGGAGAAGUCCUCCUGUAACCAAGGUUUGGGAGAGCUGUCUUCUCUAGAUGGGCACGGAGAUUUCAGCGGGAGCGCGCCUCCAGUGUGCACAGAGCCGCUGAUCCCCACCACCCCCAGUGUUCCCAGCGAGGAGAUGGCCAAAAUUUCCUGCAGUUUAGAGACCAAGGAACUCUGGGACAAAUUCCAUGAUCUCGGCACUGAGAUGAUCAUCACAAAAUCCGGAAGAAGAAUGUUCCCCACCAUCCGUGUGUCCUUCUCGGGGGUGGACCCCAACGCCAAAUACAUCGUGCUGAUGGACAUUGUCCCGGUCGACAACAAACGCUACCGCUACGCCUACCACAGGUCGUCCUGGCUCGUGGCGGGCAAGGCGGACCCUCCUCUGCCUGCACGGUUAUACGUGCACCCUGACUCUCCUUUCACUGGGGAACAGCUGCUCAAACAAAUGGUGUCUUUCGAGAAAGUAAAGCUCACCAACAACGAACUGGACCAACAUGGACACAUCAUACUAAACUCCAUGCAUAAGUACCAGCCCCGGGUCCACAUCAUCAAGAAGAAGGACCACACCGCCUCCCUUCUCAACCUCAAGUCAGAGGAGUUCCGCACCUUCGUUUUCACAGAGACUGUCUUUACCGCGGUCACAGCCUACCAGAACCAGCUGAUAACCAAGCUGAAGAUCGACAGCAACCCGUUUGCGAAAGGCUUCCGAGACUCCUCCCGACUGACGGACAUGGAGAGGUUACUGCAAAGACAUGAUAUAUCUUGGGAAAGUGUUGAGAGUUUGAUCCACAAGCACUCGUACGCACGGUCACCAAUACGCACCUACGCAGGUGAGGAGGAGACACUGGGGGAUGACGGCCAUGCCGCACACAGGGGUUCUGCGUUCACCGCCUCUGACAACCUCUCCCUGAGCUCCUGGGUCACCGCCACCUCUGGUUUCUCAGGCUUCCAGCACCCCCAGUCCCUCUCUGCCAUGGGCUCCAGCAGCACCUCCAUGGCCAACCCCUUGCCCCACCCCAUGCAGGGCUCCCUGCCCCCCUACAGCCGGCUGGGCAUGCCCCUGACACACUCAGCCCUGGCGGGCACCAUGCAGGGCAGCGGGCCCUCCUUCCCCUCCUUCCACAUGCCCCGCUACCACCACUACUUCCAGCAGGGCCCCUACGCUGCCAUCCAGGGACUGCGCCACUCCUCCACCGUCAUGACCCCCUUUGUAUGACUCCCUCUGGGGUGACUGCCUGGCCGAGUAGCCCCUCAUCAGCUACAACUACGUUUAUAGACACACCUGCACACACAAGUAGAUAAACUCACCGAUCUGUCCCCUUCAGCAUCAUCACCCAUCGUCACCACCAUGUCCUUGUAAAUAAUAAGCCCUCUGGCCGAGGCGACUGACUGGACGACCUGGAGAGGCUGCCUGGCUGCUGUCCUGCAUGCUGACAGCUGAACCGGAGAGGAAACAGACUCCUACGGGACCUGGUGGAACAGACACAGAGACCCACAGACUGAUAUGAACACUAGAUAUGUACACUAUUGACCUGCAUAUGAACAUUUACGACCCAGAUAUGAAAACUGAUGAUCCAGGUAUAAAAAAUAAAAAAAUCAACAACAGAGAUGCUGAGGAAUGAUGACCAUGCAAUGCACAGUGAUGCGUUGUGGGAAAUAGGUAAUGGUCUGCUUGUGAUGACUGUCGUUUGCCCCUGCCCUCCAACUGUUAGUCACAAUGUUCAUUUUGCACCCACUCUCCAGAAAAGCAUGGACAGGAGAACCAGUGAACUGUCUGGCUUAUGGACAUUAGAACCAGAGGGUGUGGUAAUUGUUCGUUCUCUCACAGCUUCUGGGGAAAAUGAAGAAUACGGGACUCCAAAAGUUAUGGGCGUGUACAAAUUCUAAUCCUGGGCACCGCUUGUGGCCACAGAGGAGAACUGUCUUCACUCCAGCUGCUGGUGCAUGGAGGAAUGGCAGCCAUUUUUGACUGAGUCAAAGGAUUCCCACAGCUUGCUGACCAAAACUCACAGGGACGGUAGAGGCAACAUCCCUCCUCUCCUGCUUGAACUCAAACUCUGUUAAGCUUCCUCUGCAUGCAGAAUCCUAUAGCCUCCUCCAGUCAGGUUGGCUGUUGCCAUGGUAGUCAGAUUUGUGCACAUAGAUGCCCUAGAGACAGAGAGAAGCCAAUUGUUUCUUUCCCAUCUAUAAAGCCAGCCAUGUGUACAGUGAAGAAGUUAUAGUGGAAGAUGAUCAUGUUUGAUAGCAGUACAUAAAUAUAUCCACACUAUACAAACACACAGGACAGAAACUAUAAUACUAAUGUCACAUGACAGUGUCAUAUCAUAGGACGCAUGCUGCUGCAACAGAUAACACAGAAAACAGAAGACCCUGACCGGGUCUCAAACUACUUUGUCAGUUUCCUUUGUCAUCCAAAAAGCUUAUAUUCACCUCAUACCAUUUUAUGUACUGCAUCCAAUUAGAUUUGUGAGGUCAAUGAAAAGAGAUGUUAGUUCAUGUCUCACGUGUGACUGGGCCCUAGAAGACCUUUAUAUCAAAGUCACAGAGCGUUAAAAUCACACUACGUCGUCACGUAUCCCCAACACCAGCAGAUUGGCUUCUCUAACCAUUCAAUGGCAAAUCAGUAAUGUAUCAAUGAAGUACCAAGAGGGAGAGAAAACCUGCAGACUCUGCAGCCCUGAAAGGCUAAGAUGGACUUUCUCUUGCUGUAUUGGCCGGAAGCCUGAUUCACUACCUAACCAAUACCUAACCUCUGGCGCCACACUAUAGCCUGAUUACUGUAGCCUGAUCUAUGUCUGCCUCAGGCUGUGUCGACACUACAGCACUCUGGGAGAAAGUCCACACCUGUAAAUAAUGACUCAGUGGUGCCUCCAUCUAUUUUGGUCGUCACGUCAUUGGCGAUUCAUCAAGCUAGCCCCUUCUAACCAAAAUGACACAGAAGCUAAGAUGGUGACACAAAACGCAGUGUAUGCAUCUGUGCCUUUGUAGUGCCACUCCUCUAAAAAUAAAGAAUACUUGCAGAUGGAUUCAUCCA